UCUCCCAGAUUUCGCGAUGGUGAAGAAGAAGAUCCCCAGCGCCGCCGCCAGCUCGACGAGCGGAGGCGUCGCCGCCAAACCUUCCUCGAUCCUUUCGAAGGAAGGCGCCCCGAGCGCUCCUCCCCCAGCUCCGGCGCCGCCGGCGCCACCGAGCUCAGCAGUGAGGCCCGGUGAUUGGAUAGCCUCGACCGUCACCAAGCGUGACGAAAAGAGAUCCCGAAGUCUGGGAUUGAUCUCCCCCGAUGAGGGGAAUGUGAUCUUUCCAGGUGCGAUUUCUCGACCUAACCCUCCUGCAGGUUUAACCGUGAUGUUCUUGUCGUUCUUGUACCGAGGCCUUUCACUUCCUGUUCACGAAUUCCUCCUCCAUCUCCUGCGAACCUAUGAAAUCCAACUAUGGCAACUCACUCCCAACUCAAUCCUUCACGUUGCUGUGUUCAUCACCCUCUGCGAAGCAUAUCUGGGCGUUGAGCCUCAUUUUGGGUUAUGGAAAAAUAUCUUCUAUGUGAAGAGAUACAGCAGUAGCAAUGGAUCUUUUGUCACCGGAGGAGUAGGAUUUGUAGCUCGUUCGGAUGUCAAUUACUUCAAUUUCCCAAUGAGAGAGUCCGUGCAAGGGUGGAGAUUGAAGUGGUUCUAUAUCAAGGAUUCCUCGUCACCCGAAUCUCAGCUUCCCCGCUUUGUCGAUGUCCUUGAGGCCAAGCCUAAGAAUUCCUGGAAGAAUGUUCUCUCUCCCGACGAAAAAGUAGCAGCCGACGAAUUAUUCGCCAGAUUCCUUCGGAUCAAGGAGGCUGACGGGCAAACCAUGGUUGGCACCGAGGUAGCGGCAGUGUUUCUGAAACGUCGGGUCCAACCAGUCAUGGCUAGGGUUCGCCCAAUGUGGUUGUACUCAGGUCUAAAGGAUGAGACCAGAAUUAAUGCUGCCGAACUGUCAGAAAAAGAGCUGCUCGAUGAAGUCCGUCGCCUCACUUUCUUUAGUCAAGAAGACUCGAUCCCACUGAUAUCCCCGUAUGCUCCUUUCGAUGCCGAUCAUCCACCACCAAAGGUAAUUUCCCUCCUUGAAUUCCUGUUAUACUGCUGUCGACAUUUAUCACUAUUAUCCUCAUUUGUCUUUUCUUCGACAGACCCUUGUAGCCUUCGAGGACUUACACAAUUUACCAAAUGACACUUCCGAAGGAAGAGUCUCUUCAGAACCCGUUGACCUUCGUACUGUUGAGCAUACAAACCCAUCAAGCGAUCAUGAUGACCCGAUAAAUUCCGAAACUGCUCACACCAAUCUCCCCCCGUCAGCCGAUGACACUUGUGACACAGAGGGAUCAGUGCGUGAUGAUGGCGCUGAUCAUGAUACCUUUAUUAAUGCAGCUGCGGAAGAGACCAGAGCUCCACCUACGAAGAGGUCAAUCGGCGGUUUUGCCGAUGAAGAUGAUCUCCUUGACAUUGAUGAUGAUUUUAUUGAGCCUCCACCCAAGAGGGUCAGACCUGAUGCUGUCUCGCCAACCGCCGCAGCUUCCGAAGCUUCGGCUCCCAAGACGGCUCCUACGGCGCAAGCAUCGACUGCCUCCUCCCUUUCCAAAGGAAAAGAUGCUCCUGCUGCUGCCGCAGCUCCUCCUUCUGUAAGUCUUC